UCUCAACCACCGUUACACGCUAUUACCACCGCUCUGCCAGCCUAGAAUGUUCGCUGAUGAUCUCGAAAAUGGGUUUCGAGGCAUGUUCUCAAAGGCCAAACUUGCUGAAGCGAUCGUCAAAGAUCACAGUCGUCGACAGAUUCAGCAGGACUCGGAGCGGAAAACCUUCCCAAAGCUUCCACGCCAGGAACAUCAGGAUGUUCGGAAGCGCGGCGUUAUAAGGGAGUGGCCUAGGGACCCGAAAGGCCCUCUCAUGAAAGCCACGCCUCCUGGUAAAGUGGCAGGCAAUAACCAGCCUUUGUGGGGUGCCACUGUACUCGAUUUUUUCCGUACGAUGCGUAUGCCGGAUUGUCCAUAUCUCUCCACGAUUUCUACUGGGAGCAAGCUCUGCGCAUGGAUGAAAGAGAUUGGAGAGCUCGGGCAUGCGAAAGACGAGAUUGCUUGGGCUGAGCGGGAAGCGGAACCUGAGGAGCUAUUCCCGUGCGACAUGGCAUUGAUACUCAGGGAUGAUGACCAUAGACCACCGAUUGUUCAAGAACUGCUUGACAAAAAUUUUACAACCAAAGAAGGCAGAAUUUCGGCGCAGCGCUACUUGAAAUUCCAAAACCGUCUGCCGCUUCAUUUGCUUCCAGAGAAAUUAAUCGUUCAUGACCCGGAUGAUACUCUGCAUGUUCAUACUAGGUACGAGCGACCUCCCGAAAAACGUUCUACUCCUCGUAUCUACAAGCUCCAUCUCACCCAAGAAACUCGAGACUCCAUCACCAAGGAACGAGAAAGACUCGCUGCGGCUGAUAAAGCCGAGCCCAAGCAAGGCAAAAUGUACACCACUGCUUCGAAGAACAUCAUGACUGGCAAGGUAAAGGAAGGUACGGUUAUCGAACCGAUUUUCGCGGUGCCCCCUCCUGCUCCACCCACGCCUCUUUCGACUCCCGAAGCUCACCUGUACAUCAAUUCCUCCGACUGUCUUGGUGAAGGCAACCACUCGUAUGUCUACCGUGUCGGGUGGGAGAUCCCCCGCAGCCUGGUAAUGGAGCCGUACGUCUGUCGAGCAUGCAUCCCGCAGGCGCUCUUCGACAAGCUCAGAGAGGAAGAACCCGAGGCGAAGAUCGAUGAGACUGAACCUCUUGACCAUCAGAUCGAGGACUUGAUGAGAACCAUCGCUGUCAAGCAUGGGAGGCAAGGAAAGAUGUGGAUCGAGGAAUGGGCAAAGCCUGACGAGGAGCUUGAGAUUGUAGAUGACACGGGUGGACGACGGAAGGUUCUCUUCACUAGAGGUGGUGGUGAAUCCCGCACCUUUUACGAAGGUACCGCUCUCCAGCUCCCUAUCGAUGUCAAGUGGACGGCACCCGGGAAUUUCUGUCAGCACGAAGAGAUCCGUAACCGAGCCCCGAUGACAUUCAAAGUCAGCGUUGGAGCCAAGCUUUCUAUCAAGGGCGACGGCCAUCUCGAGCAUGAGGCGAGGAACUAUCAAAAGUUCCCCGAGCAUUUCUUCCAGCACUGGAGUGGGUACAACGUUAUUGAACCUCUUCACGCACCUACGCCUGCACUUGCAGUUGUGCCCCAGUUUUAUGGUUAUUAUGUUCCGGAGGAGGGUGAAGCGGAAGAUGGGGAAUACCUGAGUCCAAUUUUGCUCAUGGAAGAUUGCGGUGUGCCUGUUAAUGUUGACGAGCUGGACCUGGAUGACCGCCACGAGUGCGUUUCUUUACUCUUCCGCAUGCACUGCGAGGGGUGGCUGCAUAACUCGUUCUUCCCGAGGAAUAUCCUCAUGCAGCAUGGCGACAUGAGCGAUUGGCCGAUCUGCCGGAAGAAGGAAGACCGGCGCUUCCGUCUCAUAGAUUUUGGGCGAUCGCAGUAUUUUCCGCUGGGGGAGACCAGGGGAAACUUUGGGACUUCGAGAGCCGUAGAAGAGAGGGACUGCCAACAGAUGUUUAAGAUUAUUAAUCAUCGUUGGGAUUGAGUUUGUGCUGGCUUUCGUUGUUGUAUUUUGUAGUUAUCGUAGUUGUCACGCAUAAAGUUUUCGAGUUGCUGUAUUCUCAAUAGGUUUCAACGUACACUUUCAGCUUUCUCCAAUUGUACUUUCCUUUACGGUGGUUUACAAUCAAAUCCCUUAUCUUCAG